ACGUGACUUUGCAUGGGAUUAUAAUUGGUAGUACCGUUUUCUUCUGGCGCGCAUUUAUAACAAUUUUUAUUUCUGAAUCUGUAAUUGCGAGAACUAAAUUUAAAUAGCAUGUUAUCUAAGAGGGUGGCUGAUCCAGACUGGGGAAUGCCUGGCAAGGCUUCCAAGGACAAGCGGCCAAAAACCAAAAAGGCCAAAAAACGGAAGUUUCGCGACGAAGAAUACUGCAAAGUUUGUAGAGAUGGAGGAGAUCUGCUCUGCUGCGAUUCCUGUCCUUCUGUUUACCACAGAACCUGUCUGAGUCCUCCCUUGAAGUCGAUUCCCAAAGGCGAUUGGAUCUGUCCGCGCUGCAUUCCCUUGCCCGGAAAAGCCGAGAAGAUAUUGGCAUGGCGCUGGGCCCUCGACCAAAGCUCCACUUCCAAUCCAUUUGAAGGUGAAAGGCGGCGCGAGUACUUUAUCAAGUGGCAUGAUAUGUCCUACUGGCACUGCGAUUGGAUUUCCGAAGGGAAAAUGCUCCUGCACCAUGCCACAAUGGUUGCCAGCUUCCAGAGGAGGAGCGAUAUGGAAGAGCCAUGUCUCGAGGAGCUCGAUGAUCAGGAGGGCGAUCUUCACGAGCGAUUCUACAGAUACGGCAUUAAGCCGCAGUGGCUCCUAGUCCAGCGAGUUAUCAAUCAUAGUAAGGAGCCCAAUGGCAGCACUAUCUACUUGGUGAAAUGGCGUGAAUUGUCCUAUAACGAGAGCAGCUGGGAACAAGAAAACGACAGCAUACCGGGUCUUAACCAGGCCAUCGCUCUGUACAAGAAACAACGGUCCAGCAAUAAGGGACGCCCCAAACAUAGGCCUGCACCCACCAUAGACCUGAAUAAGAAGUACGAGGAUCAGCCAGUAUUCUUGAAGGAGGGUGGCCUUAAAUUGCAUCCCUUUCAGAUGGAGGGCGUCAGCUGGCUUCGCUAUAGUUGGGGCCAAGGCAUCCCCACCAUACUGGCCGACGAGAUGGGUCUGGGCAAGACCAUUCAGACCGUGGUUUUCCUUUACUCCCUUUUUAAGGAGGGCCAUUGCCGCGGACCCUUCCUCAUAACCGUGCCACUUUCAACACUGCCCAAUUGGGAGCGAGAGCUGGAGCUCUGGGCUCCAGAAUUAUACUGUGUCACCUAUGUGGGCGGCAAGACUGCUAGAGCGGUUAUCCGGAAACACGAGCUUAGCUUCGAGGAGGUAACCACCAAAACCAUGCGAGAAAACCAAACCCAGUACAAGUUUAACGUAAUGCUGACCAGCUACGAGUUUAUCUCCUUGGACGCUGCCUUUCUCGGGAGCAUCGAUUGGGCGGCGCUGGUCGUGGACGAGGCGCAUCGGCUAAGGAGCAACCAGAGCAAGUUUUUUAGGAUCCUAAGCAGGUACCGCAUCGCCUACAAGCUGCUGCUGACCGGCACUCCGCUUCAGAACAAUCUCGAGGAGCUGUUCCAUCUGCUCAAUUUCCUGAGCUCUGGCAAGUUUAACGACCUGCAGACCUUCCAGGCCGAGUUCACUGACGUUUCGAAGGAGGAGCAAGUGAAGCGACUGCAUGAGAUCUUGGAACCGCAUAUGCUCCGUCGCCUAAAGGUGGAUGUAUUGAAGAGCAUGCCCCCGAAGUCGGAGUUCAUUGUGCGCGUGGAGCUGUCGUCUAUGCAAAAGAAAUUCUACAAGCAUAUUUUGACCAAGAACUUCAAGGCCUUAAAUCAGAAGGGCGGCGGUCGCGUGUGCUCGCUGCUGAACAUCAUGAUGGACCUGAGAAAGUGCUGCAAUCAUCCGUACCUGUUCCCUUCCGCCGCCGAGGAGGCCCCUAUCUCGCCCAGUGGUAUUUACGAGAUGAAUUCGCUGACCAAAGCUUCCGGCAAGCUAGAUUUGCUGUCAAAGAUGCUAAAACAGCUAAAGAAGGACAACCACAGGGUCCUUUUAUUCUCCCAGAUGACCAAGAUGCUAAAUAUUCUCGAGCACUUCCUCGAAGGGGAGGGGUACCAGUACGAUCGCAUCGACGGGGCCAUCAGAGGCGAUUUACGUCAGAAGGCCAUUGAUAGAUUUAAUGAUCCCGGAUCGGAGCAGUUUGUCUUCCUGCUGAGCACUCGAGCAGGCGGACUGGGUAUCAAUUUGGCAACAGCCGACACGGUCAUUAUUUUCGACUCGGACUGGAAUCCGCACAACGACGUUCAGGCCUUCUCCCGAGCCCAUCGCAUGGGACAGAAAAAGAAGGUAAUGAUCUACCGAUUUGUGACUCACAACUCGGUGGAGGAGCGCAUUAUGCAGGUUGCCAAGCGCAAGAUGAUGCUCACCCAUCUUGUGGUGCGCCCGGGAAUGGGUGGCACGGCAACACAUUUCUCAAAGGACGAGCUCGAAGACAUCCUUCGCUUUGGCACCGAGGAUCUUUUUAAGGACGGCAAGACUGAGGCUAUUCACUACGACGACAAGGCGGUUGCCGAUCUGCUUGACCGCACCCAUCGCGGCAUUGAGGAGAAGGAGUCUUGGGCCAACGAGUAUCUUUCGUCCUUUAAGGUCGCUUCUUACGCCACCAAGAAAGAUCACGAUGAGCAUGAUGACUACAAUGACGAUGCUGAAAACACUGACCCAGCCUACUGGGAAAACCUGAUGGGCCAAAGUCAGCGGAAGCUACCAAAGAAGCCAAAGACGCAGUCGCAGCAGUCCCAGGAGGACGCCGAGAGCAGCAUGGGAAAGGGCAAGCGAGCCCGAAAGGAAAUUGACUAUACCAAUUCAUAUCCCUCUCCAAAUCGAGUCACACCAAACAGUAUAGUAUUAAUGUGAGAUAAGGAUUAAACGACAUUGGGUACAAAUCAACAAAUGAAUUAGAAACAGAAA